GAAUGCGGAACCAACGCUAAACAAUCCCCGCCGUCAGGAGCUCUGAUCCCCACCCACAACACCACCACUCCCCGGCGAUCCACCUCCGUAUCGACACAGCACAAGCGCUUUCGCCUUGCCCCCCCCCACCGACACCAACUGCGUGAUUGCCAUCAAACCCAAGUCGCAGAUCAACGUCUGGCCGCGCCCGACCCCGCCGCCGCCGUGGCAAUAUCGUGGCGGGACCUUCAGCGGGCGAAACCUUUGGCUGCUUGUCCGCCUGUCCGGUGCGGCUCGUCGGUCCCGUCAGUCUCGGCCAUCGGUAUUCCCCGUCGACUGCAUUGAUCGCCAUUGCUCGACAACAGCGCAUAUGCGUGCUAUCUCAUGCAUCCCGCAUUCGCUUCUCGCUUUCCUCGGGAUCACCGAAUGCCUCACCGUCGUCCUGGUGGCCGCCCGCCAUUGAUCCAACCGUCCGUCCGCCAUUGAUCCAACCGUCCGUCCGCCAUGGUGCCGGCUGACCCCCAUGUCGGCGGGGUCAGCAUUGCCUCCAGACCACCGCCGCGGCCGUCUGAACCCUCACCCCCCUCAGCCACUCUGCCAGGCUUGCUUUUUGUCCACCCUUGGUCACAUAAACCAUCGUCCUGGACGCAACUCGCACGAUCGUGGAGUCGUCUCGACCUCGGCUCCCAAGCUCGACUGCUGUUCGGCUCCAACUCCAACUCCAACCAACCCCCCUGCAGCAGCAAGUCCCACGGCGACUGCCUGCGUCUCGGUCCGUUGCCAAGAGUGCGCCGGGGCUUGUCUGUGGUUCGCUACGAGCCAAACAAACCCUUCCCUUUGCCUGACCCGCUCCACAUGAAUCUCGACCCGCACUUGGCCGCAAACAUCACCCUUCUGGUCCAUCACCAGGCGGGCCUGUACUCGCCGCGAUGUGCCUGGGGCGUCCUGGGCCAUACCAAGAACGCCUCGCUGCUCGUCCAGAACCUCGGCGAUGCCGCCACCGUCAUCAACCGCUGUCUCUGCGACACCACCUGUGGCUUUUAUACCUCGCCGAGCGCUGAUCAGUAUGCCUACCGGAGCUGCGGCCAAGACCCAACCUGUGCACCAGCACACUGUCUACCGGCCACCACCAACCCACCCACUGCCAUCAAGUGCAACACCGAUAUCAAGAUCCAGAGCUGGGGCGACUAUGCGGCCAUGGCGUCCUCGCCGGUGCCGGCAUCUGAUCCCGAUUUCUUCAGCAACUUCAACACCACCGUCUUCGCCUUCCGAACCACUAGCAUGUCAGCCAACUGCGUCCUUGGUGGCGGUUCGUUCUUCCAGAUCGAACGUGUGCCCAUCUAUCCAAUGUGCUCCCGCAUCUUGAACAACUACUAUGCUCUGACCGUCAUCGAAAAGGACGACUACCGCCAGUACGCCUGCACCGACCCAGACUGCUUCCAUUGCCAGUCGGCCAAUGCAUACGAAAUCGGCAGGCCGGCGUGCGUUCGCGUCCCUGAGGCUGUUCCUGCAAUGUCAAGUUCCCGGAUGGCGGGCUGGAUCCUGGCCCAGAGCAACGUCCAGCUGGCCAAAUCGUUGCCGGGGUCUCCGUCAGUCUCGCCGACACCCACAAGGCCCGGCGGACCGACCCAGACAUCACCUGGGGCGACAGGAGACUCGGGCGGCUCCCAUGCCGCCAGCUCAAACUCUGACAAUGGCCGAACGCCGACUGCGACUCUUGGUUAUGCCAUCGGCGGAACCGCAGCAGCGCUCCUGAUCUCUCUUGCUGCCGGUUUGCUGCUCUGGCGUCGUCGCCACAAGAAGUACUCGGCUGGCGGUCCACGAGCCUUUCGUGUCGAGCAGCUUGGGCCGGCUCCCACGGCAUCGUACCAGCCGCCAUGGACCCGCUGCACACCGCCCGCCCUCCCUGCUUCACUCGUCGAUGACGACCCGUCCCCAUCUGAGCGUUCGUCCUCGGUCUGGAUUCCGCUUUCGUCGCUUGACGAUCUCCGCCCUCGCGAAUCCGUUUCCAGACUGAGCGCCUUGGCUCCUCACACCUCAGAUAGCGAGAAUCCUCGGGCCCAACUGACCGAAGCUCAGACAGACCGGGCAGACUCUCCAAGAAUUAUACGCACUCGACGAUCGUUUACGCAGUGGCUUCAAAGCGAGUCGCCGUUCCGUUCGAGCCCGUCGGCAUUCGUAGUUGAUGCAGAUUGCAUUCAAUCGGCACCCGUGAUCGCAUCGUCUCCAUCGCCCGAACCCGAUUCCGCCACCGCCUCGGAGGCAACCGGUGAGAGCGAGUCGGUCAAUGUCGAUUUGGUCGACCGCCCGAUCUCGGGCUCGUCGCAGAGUCGUCGCUCGUUGCUCAACCUUCGCGUGUGGAGGACGUCGACCUCGCGCUCGUUUCCCAGCCCGUCGUCGAGCAGUCGUCGACUGCUACGCCAAAGUAGGGCGAGCAACUGGACUAUCUACGAUCUUUUCACCGAUCGGCAGGGACUCCCGCGUCAAGUAUCGAGCGACCGUCUCCCCGAUGCAUCAAGUGCCGCUGCUCGCCCGGUGGCUGCUGGAGGAGAGGGCACUUGCUCAACCCCACAUAGCCCAUCCAUCUCCGAAGCCGCGCCGUCUCUGCCGUCAAGCUCUCGCUCACCCGAGUAUCUGCGGGUGCUGGAGCACCCCCACUCAUAUUUGCAGCCGCAAUCAUACGAAGGUCACUCGCCAGAGACUCGCCUGCGUGCCCACUCCAGCCCAUACCUGUAUUCGAGCUCACAACUGCCGCCGUUGUUUGCGCAACCCCUGUCGCAAUCUCAGAUGCAGCUCCAGCUCCAGCUCCAGCAACCCAUGUUUCCUCUGCAGUCGGCAUCGUCGCAGCCCCGAGUCUCAAGUACCUACGUUGCCGUCGUCAACUACGAGCCCAAGAAUAUCCACGAGAUAUCGCUGGCGACGGGCGACACGCUCGAGCUGGUUGUGCGCCUGAAUGAAAACUAUGCCCAGGUUCGCAACACCUCGAGCGGAGCCGCGGGCAUCGUUGAUCUCAGCCACAUUCAGCUGUCGACUGUGCAUAGUCCCGGGCAUGAUGCCGAGGGCCGUGGAGAUUUUGUCGAUGUCGCGGGCGGCAAUUCACCCAUCAUCGGCGAUCCGGACGACCGACCGCCCGAGUAUUCGUACUUUUGACAGCCGAUAGAAUCUACUGCCGCACGACCGGCUGUCUUGGGGCCCAUUUGUAGCAAAUUUCUGGGCAGCAGCCAGACAGAAUACACGCCAUCCUUUGAGCGAC